AAUCUGCAUAAGAAUUAUCGACACAAAAUCCACGCGCUCUCUCACGCUCACUCACUCGUUUACACUUGUUUCCUCAUUACACAAACCAAUCUCUCCUUCUCUCUCUCUCUAAAUCAACAACGAUCUCCUCGAUGCUCUCCUUCAUUCCCUCCUGAUUCCAUCGUCUUUGGAUCUCUGGUUCUGUCUUUCCAAGUAAAUCAAUUCAAUUAAUUGCUGUUUGAGGAAAAAAAAGGAAUGGCUUCAAUGUCUCAUUCAUCGAUAGCAUUGGGUGGAGCUUCUGCCUCUGCUUCUGACUACUUGCGUAGUUCGACCAAUGGUGUCACUGGGGUCUCAUUGAGAACCCUUGGGAGAGCAAUGGUUGCAGCCACUAGAACAAAGAGCAACCUCUAUGUGACAGCACGUCUCAAGAAAGGUAAGAAGUUUGAUCAUCCGUGGCCUUCUAACCCUGACCCAAACGUCAAAGGAGGAGUCUUGUCUUACCUCUCCGAGUUCAAACCUUUGGGGAGUGCACAGAAGCCUGUCACGUUGGAUUUCGAGAGACCACUUGUUGAACUCGAGAAGAAGAUUGUUGAUGUGAGGAAGAUGGCGGAAGAAACUGGUUUGGACUUCACUGAGCAGAUUAUGACUUUGGAAACUAAGUAUAGACAGGCGUUGAAAGAUCUUUACACGCAUCUUACUCCCAUACAACGUGUCAACAUUGCACGUCAUCCCAACCGUCCUACUUUCCUUGAUCAUAUACAUAACAUCACUGACAAGUUUAUGGAGCUUCAUGGAGACAGGGCAGGGUAUGAUGAUCCUGCUAUUGUGACUGGUAUUGGAACCAUAGAUGGCAAAAGAUAUAUGUUCAUUGGUCACCAGAAAGGUAGAAACACCAAAGAAAACAUAAUGCGUAACUUUGGGAUGCCUACUCCUCAUGGUUACAGGAAGGCAUUGCGGAUGAUGUAUUACGCAGACCAUCAUGGUUUCCCCAUUGUGACAUUCAUUGACACUCCUGGAGCCUAUGCAGACCUUAAAUCCGAGGAAAAAGGACAGGGUGAAGCGAUUGCCAACAAUCUGAGGACAAUGUUUGGCUUGAAAGUGCCAAUUCUUUCUAUUGUAAUUGGGGAAGGUGGUUCUGGUGGUGCCUUAGCUAUUGGCUGUGCUAAUAAAAUGCUGAUGCUCGAAAACGCAGUUUUCUAUGUUGCCAGUCCAGAGGCCUGUGCAGCGAUCUUGUGGCAGACUUCCAAGGCUGCUCCUGAGGCUGCUGAAAAGCUUAGAAUUACCUCCAGAGAGCUGGUCAAUCUUAAUGUAGCCGAUGGAAUCAUAAAGGAACCUCUUGGUGGCGCCCAUGCUGAUCCUGCAUGGACAUCGCAGCAGAUAAAGAAAGCUAUCAAUGAAAACAUGAAUGAAUUCGGAGAAAUGAGUGGAGAGGAGCUGCUGAAGCACAGGAUGGCUAAGUACCGAAAGAUCGGAGUGUUCAUUGAAGGUGUUCCAGUAGAGCCUGAGAAGAAAAUCAACAUGAAGAGGAGAGACGUGGCUUCCACUAACCUGAAGCUGGAGGGAGAAGUUGAGAAGCUAAGAGAGCAGAUUCUGAAAGCCAAAGCGACCUCUUCAGAGGACGUGGAGGAGCUUUCGAGUGAAGUACUUAACGAGAUGAUUGAGAAACUUAGGUCCGAGAUCGAUGAAGAGUACACUAAAGCUGCUAAAGCAAUGGGUUUGGAGGAGAGACUAACUGCAACUCGUGAAGAGUUCUUGAAAGCUAAUGCAGAAGAGCAUCUUAUGCACCCGGCGCUCAUUGAGAAGAUUGAGAAGCUUAAGGAAGAGUUCAAUUCCCGUCUGAGUGAAGCUCCUAACCACGAGAACCUGAAACUGAAGCUGGAGAUGUUGAGGGACUUCUCUAGAGCUAAGGAUGCGUCAGAUUCAGCUUCGGUGAAAAGAGAGAUUAAUAAGAGGUUUCAGGAAGCUGUGGCCCGCCCUGAGGUUAGUGAGAAAGUUGAGGCGGUUAAAGCUGAGCUUGCAAACUCAGGAGCAUCGUCUUUUGAAGAGUUGAGUGAUGAGCUGAAGGAAAAGGUUUUGAUGAUGAGAAGAGAGUUGGAAGCAGAGAUGGUUGUUGUGUUGAAGUCAAUGGGUCUGGAGCUGGAGGCUGUGAAACCGAAUCUGAAGGAUGUGGUGGAAGAGAACUUAGUUCCGAGCGAAAACAUUCAAGAGAAGCUUGAGAAGCUGAACCAAGAGAUCACCGAGAAGAUUGAGGAGGUGGUGAGGACACCAGAGAUCAAGAGUAUGGUUGAGUUGCUGAAAGUGGAGACCGCAAAGGCGAGCCAGACGGCAGAUGGUAGUCAGAAGAUCGAGGCGCUUGAGCAGCAGAUCAAGCAGAAGAUAGCUGAUGCUUUGAGCAUGUCAGGACUGCAGGAGAAACAAAAGGAGUUGGAGAAGGAGCUUGCAGCUGCACGUGAGCUAGCUGGAGAGGAAUCAGAUGAUGAUGAUGAAGAUGGUUCAGGAUCCGGGAAAUCAGAGAUAAUCAACCCCAGCUUCGCCUGAAGCAGAGACUAGUAUGAAUCUUGAAGCUUUUUUCGAUUUCCAUUGAUAAGACGGUAAGUGGCUUUUCUUAAAAACUGUUCCAUGAUCUGUGAGCAAUAAGCCAAGAGAAAAAGAAUUCUCUAGUGGAGAGGAACAACUUAGAAGAGUCUGCUUUCUUUAGUUUAGCUUCAGCAACAUGAUUUCUUGUUCGGACCAAACAUUUGUCUUUGAAUUCAUUUAUGUAUUCGUUAUGUCUUGUUUCGUUAGAACACUAGUUUUGCCUUCUUAAGUCUCACACAUAACACUUUUCACUCUUCUCUUCAAACCUUUGAUAUAUUUAAAAGAUUUGUCUAAAGAUACACAGUGUUGCACUCUUGUAGAAUCAUUAUAGCCUCAGCCCAACUACUCAAUCAUCUUCAAAUCUUUAUGAUUCUCUCUUGAUCAUUGUAAUACAUCUUGAAUGAUAAAAAUAUAUUCAACUUUCUUUGACC